GCUUGCAGAAACAGAGGAAUGAAGCAUAAGACACCCAAGAGAGGGAGACCUGGGAAUGCUCAGACAGAAAGAACGAGAGACAGGGGUCAGACAAGGGAGCAGGGGGGCUGCGGAGAGACAAAGUGACAGCUCUAGAUUCAGAAGCAGAUAGACGACAGAGGGAGGAGUGGACUGACGGAGUGAGGAGGAGGGUUCUGGCCGCCAAGGAGGCUACAAAAAAACAGCAGCGCGCCAAAGGGAGCCUUCAUAACACAGAGCAUUCUGCUGUGGACAGCACCAGGACUGAGGCUGAGGCAGCUGGAUGAACGAAGCUUGGAAGGAUCCCGUCUGGAGGAAUAAAUCAUCACCAUCAUUCAAGGAAUUACGGGAACAUAAACUGGCCUUAAAAAAGCAGCUGGGCAAGCAAAGGCACGGGGUGGAGUGGAGAGGACAAUAAGGUUAGUGAGAGAGCAAGAGAGAAAGUGAGAGGGGAGAUACCACCCACAGAGCAGGUCUUACCACACAGACUGGCUUUAUCAUAAGCAGUCACACUGUAACUGAGCCACACGGCUGCUAAUCAUCACACAAACACACCAACAGUGCCACACACGGUGUAUUUAUGGAAUACAUAGACAGACGCAUAAUUCACAGCUCGACCUGAGGGAGUUUAGACUGUUGCAAGAAAGCAUAGAGAGCCUUGGAUGGCACAGGAGCAAGAUUGAGCUUGAAUGUAAAAGAGGAGUGAGGUCAGGCCUUGUGGACCACUCUUUCUUUGCAAGGAAUCACCAUUGCGGGGCUGGAGCUACAUUCACGAUAAGCCCCAAACAUAUUUUUGUUCUUCUUUUGGAAAGCAUCCCAGUGCUUAAUGAAGACCAUCUUCAAAUCAAGGAACUGAGGAUUUGUUUCCAGACAGACGGCAACCACAUCCAAUAAAGAUCGAAUUACAUUUGUGCAGAUAUUCAUCAUCCUGAGGACCACGUCCAUUUUCCAGGAAAGCUAUCUGCACUCUGAUAUAUGAUCAAAGAACUGAAAAUCCAUUUCCAAAUUAAGGCUGAGUACCUAUAAACUCUGCCCUGUCCUCUGUCAGACCAUAUCGUUGUCCAAAAAAACUUUCUGCUUUCUGAUGUUUGAUUGAAGAUCAUUUCCAAACUGAUGAAACCUGAAAACUUCAUUUACACUGAUAUCCAUCACAUUUCUGAGGAUCUACAAAUUUACUCUGCACACUACAAUCCAUUAUUCAUUUAGGAAUCAUCUGCAUUCUGCACUAAUCCAUUCCUAAACUGAGGCCGGGGCAUUUUGAAGACCACAUCUGUUCCCUGAAAAUAACUGUAUGUUUGAUUGAGAACAUUUCUAAACUGAAGCGAAAAAAAAACCUGAACCAAGUUCACGCUGAUGUCCAUCAUCAUUUGAAGGGCUAAAAAACUCCACUCUGAUAUCUGCAGACUACAGUCUUUCUGAGAACCACUGGACCAUCCUUUGCCUCCCUGGAGUGGGAUGGGACCUGUACUCUGAGGAUCUGAGUAAAAGACUGCCCCUUUAACACUGCAGCAUGUCGCUCUGGAGUGGGGAAAGAGGGCCACUGUUGCCCCUGGUCCUGAGCCUCCUGCUGACCACCUGCAUGGCACAAGAGAGCCAAGACAGUCUAGAGCUUGUGGAAGAGAGCAACACAGUGAGCACAGAAAGCCCUGAGACUGUGUCUUCAGAUAUGGCUAUAGUUAGCCCCCACAGAACCUGGAUAGUCUUCAGAGACAACUCCAAUAAGGGUGGAAACAAGAAGCCCAAACAAAAUAAAAGAAUCUCAAAGCAUGGCCUGCCUGGUCCUCCAGGCCCUCCAGGGCCACAGGGUCCACCUGGUCCUCCCGGCCCCCUGUUGCCUAACCAAGAUGAGAUCAUGGAGGACCUCCAGCAAAAGCUGAAAGAGAUGGUGGGGACCCACUGCCUGCUCUGUGAUCAGCCCCCCCGUGUGGCUACAGCCUUCCACAACCAUUUGCACCACAACCUGCUGGUCCACCGCCGAAGCCUGCAAGAGCUCCAACCCUUCAGCAGCCCUUCAGAUGCAGAGCAGUUUCACCAGCGAGGUCAGGGCUUCAACGCCAGCAACGGCCGUUACACAGCUCCAGUGUCGGGCUUCUACCAGCUCACAGCCAGCCUGUUGCUGGAAUCCAGUGAGUCUCAGAAAAGGCCUCAGGCGAGACAGAGGGACAGCAUUAAAGCCUCCAUAUGUAUAGAGUCUCUCUGCCAGAGCAACGUGUCUCUGGAGACAGUAACUGGAGUGAGUCCAGCAGGGGGAGUUUUCAGCAUCCUUCUGACAGGAACUCUUUACCUGCAGGCUGGAGAAUAUGUGUCUAUUCUUAUUGACAAUGGAACAGGCUCGGCGCUGACCGUUCUCCAAGACAGUCUGUUUUCUGGGAUUCUUCUUGGAGUGUGAGAACAUACAUAUAAAACCCUCAGAAUCAAACAGCUGCCUCUCUACAAACCCAUAUUUAUUUGCUUCCAAAGACAGCAGUCCUGUCAGCAGUAAUAAUUCUAGCACGGAGGAGGACGCUCCCCAAAAUACAAAACCAAAAAGCUUCAAUAACUAUAAAACAAUAACCAUUCAGUGUGAUAUUAUCACCAAGGCAGCAAGAUAAAACUGCAGUUUUCAAACAUUUAAACUUCUGUUCAUAGAGAUGUAUGUAUUUUUCCACGUGCUGUGUUUAUAUAUUACACGUUUGCAAGUGAACAGGAUAAAGGAACUUUAUGUAUUUAUUUGCAUUUUUUGAAGUGUGAAUGCUAAAAUAAAAAUGUUUGUAAAAACGUGAA